AUGACGGUUCCUCGCAGAGGGCUCGCCUCAGUGAUAGACCCCUCCAUUGGCCUGACUGAAGAGCAGAAGGAAUUUCAGAAGGUGGCCUUUGAUUUUGCCUCCAAAGAGAUGGCUCCUAACAUGGCCUUGUGGGAUGAAAAGGAAAUUUUCCCGGUGGAAACAAUGCAGAAGGCGGCACAGCUUGGCUUCGGUGGGAUCUACACCAGUCCUGAUGUUGGCGGGUCAGGAUUGUCACGUUUGGACACAUCUGUCAUUUUUGAGGCCCUGUCUACGGGUUGUGUCAGCACCACAGCAUACAUGAGCAUUCACAACAUGUGUGUUUGGAUGAUCGAUACCUUUGGAAAUGAAGAACAGAGACACAGAUUCUGUCCUCCCCUCUGCAGUAUGGAGAAAUUUGCAUCUUACUGUCUGACAGAGCCAGGCAGCGGAAGUGAUGCUGCGUCAUUGCUGACAUCGGCGAAGAGAAACGGCGACUGCUAUAUUCUGAAUGGAUCUAAGGCGUUUAUUAGCGGUGCUGGCGACACCGAUGUGUAUGUUGUGAUGUGUCGUACAGGGGGCAGCGGAGCUCGAGGAAUUUCCUGCCUAGUGGUAGAAAAGGGGACACCGGGCCUGAGCUUCGGCAAGAAAGAGAAGAAGGUGGGAUGGAACUCUCAGCCAACGCGAGCAGUGAUAUUUGAGGACUGCGCGGUCCCUGUAACAAAUCGGCUGGGACAGGAAGGACAGGGCUUUGGGAUCGCAAUGAGGGGGCUGAACGGAGGAAGGAUAAACAUUGCCUCCUGUUCUCUGGGGGCCGCCCCACGCCUCCGUCCUGCUCACCCGCGAUCACAUGGCUGUGAGAAAGCAGUUUCGGGGAGCCUUUGGCUAAUUACCAGUAUCUUCAGUUCCGACUGGCAGAGAUGGCGACACAGCUGGUGACGGCACGACUUAUAGUGCGACACGCGGCCCAGGCACUCCAAGAGGGACAUGGCGAUGCGGCGACUCUCUGCGCUAUGGCAAAGCUGUAUGCCACAGAUGAGUGCUUUAAGGUUUGUAACCAGGCGCUCCAGAUGCAUGGAGGAUACGGGUACUUGAAAGAUUACGCUGUUCAGCAGUACGUCCGUGACAUCCGUGUUCAUCAGAUCCUCGAAGGGACCAAUGAGGUGAUGAGGAUGAUUGUGGCCAGGAACCUUUUGCAGGGAUGA